GAGUGUUGAAAGUCACAGAUGAAAUUUAUGAGACAAAAAGCAGACUAUUGGACUGGAUCAUUGGUGGAGCUAGAGGUGCAGGGUACAUGGAUUGGAAUCCUGGUCUGGUCUGUUGCAAUUUUUCAUUUAGUCUUCCAUUUGAAUCCCUGGCCCAGCCCAUGGAGCUGACAUUUUUGCAAAUUAUGAAAUCAUGCCUGCCAGGGAUCAUGAUUUUUCAGACAAGUGUUAGAAGCUGCACUCCAGCAGAAUUAUCACUGCCAGGGAAGACUAAAGAGAAGCUGCAGGGAUAUGAGGUGGUUCUUGAAGAUACAAUACUUUUUCCUGAAGGGGGAGGACAGCCAGAUGACAGAGGAACGAUCAACGACAUAGAGGUGUUACGCAUCACGAGACGAGGUGCUGAUGCAAUCAAUUUUGUCACCAAGGAGAUACAGGCUGGAACAGAAGUAUGCCUCAAAGUGGAUUGGAAGAGGAGGUUUGACCAUAUGCAACAACAUACAGGACAGCACCUGAUAACAGCAAUAGCAGAAAGCAUGUAUGGAUGCCCCACCACCUCCUGGAAUCUCGGUGAAAACAUAUCCUCGAUUGAGUUAGACAUUCCAUCCCUUACUGAUCAGCAGAUGGCAGAUAUGGAAACCGCAGUGAAUGAGAAAAUUCUGGCUUGUGUCCCAAUCACCCCACAUUUGUACCAUGAUAAGGAUGACCCAGAACUACAAAAGUUCCGUUGCCGAGGACUCCCAGACGACCAUAUUGGGCCUGUUCGUGUUCUAGAGAUCAAUGGGAUUGAUUCCUGUCUUUGCUGUGGAACUCAUGUCUCCAACCUCUCUCACAUUCAGAUGAUAAAACUAUUGUGGACAGAAAAGGCCAAGAAAAAAGGCAGGACAAAUCUGAUGUUUGUAGCAGGAGGUCGUGUUCUACAGUAUCUAGGUCGUAGUGUCAAGGUCGAAAGGUCAUUGACAACAUUACUCAAGGGACCAGUAGAAGACCAUUAUGAGAGGGCUGAGACAGCGGUAAAGGGAUUCAAAUCGACUCAGAAGUAUGUGACAUCUCUGUUACGAGACCUUGCUGUAUUUGAGGGUCAGAAGUUUAAAUCGAAUGGUAAUCCUCUCCUGUGUCUACACAGGAAGGAGGGUGACUUGGAGUUUAUGAACAUCAUCAUCCAGCAGGUGGAUAACUGUAAUAAGAUCUGCUUCCUGACGGUUGGAGAGGAGAAAGGGGCUGGUCUGUUCUUAUUGUCAGGACCAGAAGACUUCAUCCAGAAUGUCGGACCAAAAGUAGCAGAGAUACUGAAUGGGAAAGGUUCCAUUAACAGAGGAAAUUAUCAAGGAAAAGCCAAUAAACUCUCUCAAAAAGGAAAGGCAGAAAAGCUUAUUCAAGAAUACCUGUCAUCAAAAGACAACUCUGUGAAAUGUGAUGACAGAAGUGCUGAAGACAAAGAACCCUGAUGAGAGUUUGUGAUAGUCUGAAUGUUUGAUGUGAAGUUUUAGAUAACCAUGCUUUAAACUUUUUAAAUGAAAAGGAGAUAAGAUGUCUUUGUGCCAGUAGAAAUAAAUAAAUGACAUACUAA